AUGAAACUUGGGAAAAUAGGACUGAACUCCAUCAUAGCUUCUGUAUACCUACUUGGAAAAAUUAGUGCUACUGGAAGUGGUGAUCUUCAGACAUCUCUGCAGGCAGCCUUCAAAGGGGCUUUACAACAAAAAGCAGAGGGUAUUACCAAUGAGGUAAACCAGCUGAAGAAUUCUGCUCUAGAUGCAAUAGAAAAUGGAGGAGGAAGAGAAGAAGGUAUAAAUCCUUUGGACAGUGGAGAUGGAAAUCAGGGCUAA